AACAUUUGCAGAUUCAGAUACCCAGAGUUCGUGCCAGACACACGGUGAUUGGAAAAGUUGUCGAAAUCAUCUUCCUAGGAGUCAAUGCACCCAGCAACGAACUGCCCGCCACCACCACUGCCGCUUGUCACCACAGCUUCACGUGGAUUACUUUAAAAUCCCCGGCCGCGAAUAACAGUAAUGGCGUGGGCGAGGCCGGAAUCUUAUUACAGUCCUGGUUGGGAUCGCCAGAAGAUCUCAAUGCAAGGCCAUCAACGUCUUCCCUCCAAAGUUAAACUUUCGAUGCCCCACCAUCCUCGGCAGCAGUGGCACCAACCCCAAAUUCCCCAGUGCCCAGCCUCGACGAGUUGCGGGAGUGACGGAGACCACCCCCCUUUUGUUCCCCACAGAUGGCCGUGGACUUUCUUUGGCCUUGUGGUGAUGUCUCUUGCACGGGUUGAUGGAUGCCUUGGUUAUGCGCGACAACUAUCAGGGCACUGCAACUUGGCUCGACACAUACCGCACUUCUCCUAUCGAUCGACGUUGACCUUUAAGAAAGUAGUCCGAGCUUCAAAGUUUCAGCCAACCGCUAAAGAAGAGUCGUUCGCCGUGGUUCGGCAUCAUGUCGACUCGGCGAUGUGGCUGAAGACCCUGGACCCAUUCCUCCUAUCUGUUCGUCAUUCACUGAGAGAUGCCACGUGCGGGAUAUGCAUGUGAGAGGCCAUUUGAUGAGGUUUCAACAUUUCAAGGCCGGGGUUUGCCGCCGCACUCAGAUCUCAACAAUCAAAGGAGCACCUCUCCUGAAGCGUCUACGUAUGGAUAUUUAUCCCUACGUGCUCACGGAGAGCCCACAGGAAUAGGAGA